AACAAUUGCUCAGCCCGCGCAGUGUACGACGUUCAACAUUGUAUUCAAUCUCGAUACAGAUAAUAUAGUAAGGUAGUGCUAACACAUUUAUUACUUUCACCAUGUCUAUGGAAAUGGCUAAGCGGAUCGAGUUGGAGAAGAGGGGGAGAAAACCUUCAGAGAUACUGGAACUGAACCUGGACAGUUGUCGUGCGCCUUCAAUAGAUGGGUUAACAGAAGAGUUUUCAGAAUUAGAGUCACUUAGCCUAAUAAAUGUUGGAUUAACUUCAUUAAAGGGAUUUCCUAGCUUACCAAAGUUACAAAAGUUAGAACUUAGUGAUAAUCGAAUCCAAUCUGGACUACAAAACCUACAAGGCUGUCCCAACCUCACUCACCUUAGCCUUAGUGGAAAUAAAAUCAAAGAAAUUGACACCCUUGAACCAUUGAAAAACUUCAGUGAAUUGAAGCACCUUGACCUCUUUAACUGUGAAGUUACCCAGUUGGACGAUUACAGAGAACAGGUGUUUGAACUCCUACCAAACCUGAAAUAUCUGGACGGCUUUGACAAGAAUGACAAGGAGGCUGACGAGGACGAGGAAGAUGGAGAAGAUGGGUCUGAGAAUGAAGAUGAUGACGACGAUGAAGAGGACCCAGACAAUGAUGACGAUGACGAUGAUGAUGAUGAUGACGAGGAAGGAGAUGAAGAUGAAGAAGAGUAUGAUGAUGAGGAAGAUGAAGAUGGUGUAGAUGAAGAGGUUGGUCUAGACUAUCUCCAGAAGGAAGACAUUGAAGAGGACUCUGAGGGAGAAGACUUUGAUCCUGUUGAUGGAGAGAACGAAGAUGAGGAGGAAGAAGAAGAGGAGGAUGAUGAUGCUCAGCGUGGGACCAAGAGAAAACACGAGGACGAGGAGGAAGGGGAUGACUGAUCCAAGGGCCCCAUCCCCCACCUUCUGUGUAAAUCCAUGUAAAUUUGUACAGUUACCGAUGAAACCAUGUUGUUUGUUGACUGAUGAUGAUAGCUCAGGUUGCAGCACUUCCACCAUUACACUGACAAUUCCAUUCUGCCGCGAGUACACUCGUUCUCGUUCUCAUCUCUCUGACGCCAGUACACUCAUUCUCAUAUCUCUGCCGCGAGUGCACUAGUUCUCAUCUCUCUCAUCACUCGCGCACUGGCUGGCCCCUGAACAUAAAGCCGAACAAGCAGGAGCAGCUCUGACCCAUCACAUAAAGAACUACUGCCGGGACAUCUCAACCAGAGUCCUCAAUUCUAAUGGAAAUUCUAAAUGGAACCUCUUGACAUCGCUGGAAUGCAAAUGAAUCUAUUUAUGUCUCAUGUUCAUAUUUGACACCUCAAAGGUUAACAGGUCAUUGAGUGGAAGAGUUUUUAAGUGCUGAUUUUUUAAAACCCUGUUUGCAUUAUGAAAAUGAUUACAAUUAAGUGGAUGUAAAAUUUAAUUGACAGACUAUUUAAAAGACAAGAUUUUAUAACAGUUAUUACAUGUAUUGCUGUUUUUCUUUCAUGUAAUAUGAACCAUAUUUGGAAAGCAAUUUUUGUUUCGAGAAUUUUGCAUGUUGGUAUUAAGGAAAAACAAUUAUUAAUUGAAAAUUGUCUUAUUUGGAAGGAUAGUCAGGUAUUGGAAAACUUUAUUUUGUAUGUUUGAAUUAUAUUUUUUUUCAUGUCUUCAUAUCUAUGGAAUACACUGCCUACAAUUGUUCAUCAAAUCAGCACUGAUAGCGAGAGUAGCAUUGAUUGAAGAGAAUGUAUUUUUAUGUAAAUUUUGUAUAUCAUUUCAUUAAAACUGGUAGUUCAUUGUAAAUGACAUCAUUAUAUGUAUAGCACAACAAGAGGAGUAACUCUUGCUCCUUUGAGAAAAAUUAAAGGUUUUUAUAUUGACA